ACGUCACUCGUGGGUUUUUAAGGCCGAGUCCCGCGGACCGCUCCGCAGUGGCAGCGCGGUGGAGGCAGGCGUGGAGGCUUCUCUGGCGGCUCCGGUAGCUGGCCCGGAGGGGGCUCCAGGAGAGCGCAGCUGACGGAGAUAACCCAGCUGUGGUCCCCAGAGCCCCAAGACCUGCACUUUAGCCCGAGCUCAUCAUGGGGAACCACUUAGCAGAGAUGGCGCCCACCGCCUCCUUCUUGCCCCACUUCCAGGCCCUGCACGUUGUGGUCAUCGGGCUGGACUCAGCUGGAAAGACCUCCCUCCUUUACCGUCUCAAGUUCAAGGAGUUUGUCCAGAGUGUCCCCACCAAAGGCUUCAAUACUGAGAAGAUCCGGGUGCCCCUGGGGGGGUCCCGUGGCAUCACCUUCCAAGUGUGGGAUGUUGGUGGGCAGGAGAAGCUUCGACCUCUUUGGCGCUCCUACACACGCCGAACAGACGGGCUGGUGUUUGUGGUGGAUGCUGCUGAGGCUGAGCGGCUGGAGGAGGCUAAGGUGGAGCUGCACCGAAUCAGCCGGGCCUCGGACAACCAGGGUGUGCCUGUGUUGGUGCUGGCCAACAAGCAGGAUCAGCCUGGGGCACUGAGUGCUGCCGAGGUGGAGAAGAGGCUGGCAGUCCGAGAGCUGGCUGCUACCACGCUCACCCACGUGCAGAGCUGCAGCGCUGUGGAUGGGGUGGGCCUGCAGCUGGGCCUUGAGCGCCUUUAUGAGAUGAUCCUCAAGAGGAAGAAGGCAGCCCGGGCAAGCAAGAAGAGACGGUGACUGGAGGCUGUCCCCUCUUCAUCAGUAGAGGUCUGCAUACUUGGAUAGCCAGCAGAAACUGCUGCCCCUUAGCCCCAGAAUGCAGGACCUGUCCACCUCAGUGAAGGACCCAGGUGCUAGCACACUGGGGAACUCUGUUUUGGUGCUGAAUCGGGGAGGAGGAUGAGAGAUGGGUUGUCUGCUCUCAUCUCUCCCUCAUCCUCAGACUAGAGAUGUGGGGGCUGCAGGACUGAGGGGGCUUCAAUGUAAACUGUGACUCUACCUCGACCCUGUUUCUUGUUUUUCUUUGGCUUUUUGGUUAGAUGUGUUUUGGGGCAAAGGAAUGUUGCUUGGAGAAUGCAUUUGGGAUGAACGAGAGAAAUGUCUCUGCUCCGCUCCCAACUGCUUUUCUAGGGAUGCCCACGACAGUCUUUAUUUUUGUGUCUGUGUGAAAGUGCCAAGAAUCUCUUCCCACUUUUGUAGAUCCACAACCAUUUUAUAAGCCAUGUGUGUCCUCUGUAUUAACUAUUUUUUAGCAUUUGUCUAUAAGUUAUUAAAGACUGAUGAUACUGUAGCUUUAA